AUGAGCCUGAUGGACGACGACUCCUCCACGUACUGCUCACGCCAAACACGCAGGUCAAUAUCACUCUCACAGACGCCAGAACGGGGCUCGCUUGCCCUCGAGCAGCCUCCGGAGGUUGCCUCUACGGGCUCCGUGGCUCACAGCCUUACGGGCGCAAUAGCCGAAACGGCGGAGCACCAGGAGCCGGAGCAGGUGAAAACUUCCGCUGAGGCUCACGAAGGCGGGGCUGCCCCGUCGGGGUCCGCGGCGCGCCAGUUUUCGGCGCAGUCCAUUCCAGAUGGGAAGGUGACGAACACUGAAGUUGCCGGUGUCGCGAGUGCGGAAGGCGCCGCCGAGCCCGAGAAUCCGGAGGACGCCGAGGAUGGGGCGUCUUCUAUCGAAUUUGCAAUCGAUGACGGGACGAUCCCUGCAUCCAAGUCGUCUCCACCGAGUAUCAUGUUUCUGCAGGAGGCCCCCGUCGCCACGUCUUGUGAAACGAACCUGCGUCCUCAGCGAGUUGGCGGUGGUGAGGGGCGCGUUGCGGACACCAUCGAUGGCAACGGCGCGGAAGAUGGUAGUGCCCAUGACGGGGACGCAUGCGCUGAGCAGCACCGCUGCGAAAACAACAAGCCAGUCGAGGACGCGCAGAAAAUUGAUUUCCGACCUUCGCAUGAGAAGGCGGUGGCGGCGCUUGUCGAGAUGCGGCGAACGCCUGUGGAAAGCGAAAGUCGCUUGCAGAGCGGUGGCAAAGGACGGGAUGCCCAAGGGGAAAGCACUCCGCGGCGUGAGGGUGGAGCGGGGUUGCGGUCACAGCGAAGUAGUCGGGGAAGUUGUGCCUCGUUGGGCUCCAAAAACGCCGAGCAAAUGGGCAGACACGGUGCAAGAAGUAACUCCUCACGCGCUGUGGCAUCCACGCGUAGCGCGUCGGAGGACAGCAACCCCCGGAAGAAAUGGGGGUCACACGGUACACCUUCUGCGCGCUCCUACAGCUCGGACCGCGGCGCGGGAUGUGCGAGAAAAGGGUUCGAGAGACGCGACGUAAAACCUUCCCCUUAUCGUGGUAGGGCGCCUUCCUCCCCUCGUCGGGCACACGGCGGUGCCUGUUCGUCCCAGACGCAGACCACGCCGUUGCGGCAUACCGUCGUCCAUAGUCCGGCGUUAGAGCGGUUUAGACGGUAUCGGAUGUUAGAGUCCCCAACACCCGGGCGACGUGAGAAAAAGGAAGAAAUUUUGGCUCUGCUAGAUGAUGAGAUGGACACGGUUCGCAAUGAGGUUAGGGAGUGUGAUGUGGCCAUGGAACGCGCGAUGCUUCGAAAUCCCUUUGAACGCCUGUAUCACAUGAACAACCGCCGUGACCGAGACGAACGUCGCAGUCGUAUCCUUCACUACCUGAAACUAGAUGAGGCUAAACAACGUCUGCUGGCAGAAAGCGCCGAGGAUGAGCAGCGACGUCGAGAGUGGCGCAGGGAGUACGAACGGCGGCGCGAGGAGUUGUUUGAACGUCUCCAUUUCACUGACUCCGCCCGGGCGGAGAGUAGCCAAUUUGACACUUCACAGAGCGUAAGAAAUGGAAUGACCGCCGCGAAUGAUGCCUUGUUCGAACGCCUCUACAAGGAGGCCGUUGAAUCCAUGGCAGAGAAGCAGGAACGGGCCCGGCGGGCAGAGCGGAAGCGGGAGCAGAAGGAGAUGGAGGAGGCGCUUCAUGCCCGAAUUCUCGCCCGAUUAGAGAUGGAGACCCCCUCACGACGGAUGUUAACAUCGCAGGAGCGGGAGUCGCGAGCCAACGCCAUACAAAGCGAGCUGCUUCAAAACCCCGAUCAACUGCGCGAAUACCUCAAAACGAAUCGUCUCUCCAAGAAGAACGAGGAACUACUGGCGUGGCGACUCACGCGACAGGGGUACAGGAGCGCGGCGAGCCUUGCACAGGAAAAGCAAAAAAAGGAACUGGAGGGGUGCACGUUUCGACCCAAGACAAACACUGGCUUUAACAUGCGAUGUUGUUCGGCGGCUGUAAGCUACAGUAGAGCCACGCUGGCGUCUUCGUCUCGGAGAAAGAAAAGCGAUGCCGAGCCGGCUCCAGCCACCUCCCCGCAAAGAUCGUCAUCUCGCUCCCAAAAACUAGCUUGUGAGGAAUUAUAUAAAAAGGCGGUGAAGCAGCGC